AUGGCAGACGAUUCACAAGACCCCAUGUCUCCCCAGGAGGCUGGUAAUUCCACAGCCAACACCCCAUCAACCGCCCCAAACCAGUCCAAACAUCAACUCUCUCAAUCGCAAGUUGGGAAGCUAUGGGAUGCCUUCGGAAACCCCGAAGAGCCUGUGAAUGUGCUGGCGAAUGCGACAUACAAGCCCCCAGGCAAAAGUUCAAAGGAUGUGUCAUACUCUGAGGUUGUUGGAUCGAUGUCUCUCUCAGAGGUGUCGUCAUUUUACAAAGCACCAUGUGCGCGCGAGUCGCUGAUGACUGGCAUCGGUGUGGGGUUCGGAAUUGGUGGAAUUCGAGGCAUAUUCGGAGGGCUACCGUCAUUAUGGUCUGCAGGCAACUGGGCCGUGGGUGUCUUCGCCAUCACAUCUUUGGCCGCGUACGAAUUCUGCCGCAGACGCCGAAUCGAAGAGCUGGACGGCAUGAAGCAAGCAGUCGAAUUAAUGCAAGCGCUUAAAUUCAAGAAACAGCAGGAGAAAGAGAAGGUUGCGGAGGAGGCCAUGCGGGCACGCGUGGCGGAAGAAAAGAAGAGUUGGACGAAGCUCUCCAACUACAAGUUCUGGUAG